UCUCAUAAGUAGAGUGCAUCAUUCAAGCCAAGCAAGGAGUGGUCAAUACAAAUCCACCAUGAAGACCUUUCUCAUCCUUGCCCUCCUUGCUAUCGUGGCGACCACCACCACAACUGCAGUUAGAGUUCCAGUGCCACAAUUGCAGCCACAAAAUCCAUCUCAGCAACAACCACAAGAGCAAGUUCCAUUGGUGCAACAACAACAAUUUCUAGGGCAGCAACAACAACAAUUUCCAGGGCAACAACAACCAUUUCCACCACAACAGCCAUAUCCGCAGCCGCAACCAUUUCUGCCACAACUACCAUAUCCGCAGCCGCAACCAUUUCCACCACAACAAUCAUAUCCACAACCACAACCACAAUAUCCGCAACCACAACAACCAAUUUCGCAGCAACAAGCACAACUACUACAACAACAACAACAACAACAACAACAACAACAACAACAACAACAACAACAACAACAACAACAACAACAACAACAACAACAACAACCGUCGAGCCAGGUCUCCUACCAGCAGCCUCAGCAACAAUAUCCAUCAGGCCAGGGCUUCUUCCAGCCAUCUCAGCAAAACCCACAGGCCCAGGGCUUUGUCCAACCUCAGCAACUGCCGCAGUUCGAGGAAAUAAGGAACCUAGCGCUGCAGACGCUACCAGCAAUGUGCAAUGUCUACAUCCCUCCAUAUUGCUCGACCACCAUUGCGCCAUUUGGCAUCAUGAGUACUAACUGAGAAGAGAAGAACUCUAUUACUAGAUAUAUGAAACACCGUUUUCUUAAAACAUGGUUUGGUCGUUGUAGCGGUGAAAAAUAAAGUGACAUGCACUAUCAUGUAAGAACCCGAACUAGACUAUUUCAAACUUGGAAAUAAAAGACAAACACAGGUCUUGUCUGCA